CGUCUCAACUUCCCAAACGAGUAGGCUAUAGAACACCCUUUCACCAGCAACGAAAUAUGGCCGACAAACUCCGCACCCAGCAAGAACUCGAACGCCUCCAGGCGAAAUACAUCGGCACCGGCCACCCUGACACGACGAGCUGGGAGUGGAAGACCAACAUCUACCGCGACACCUACUCCUCGCUCGUAGGCCAUCCGCAUAUGCUCUCCUACAUUUCUCUAGCCGAGAACGAGCCUACUCAUAUUGUCCGAACUCGUCUCAUCCGCAAAAUGCUCCAACCUUCCGGACCACCUCCUGCUCGCGAAGACUAGGCCACAGUUGUGUGGUUGGUAAUACGGUCUUCUGGCGAUGAAUACGUGCAUAUUUUCAUCCAGACGCGACGGGCCUAUACGACUGUAGGAUAUCCAAACUCGGGGAUCGGAUGGGUGGCACCAUAGCGAGGUACACGGCGUUAGGCGAAAUCUGUUUGCGUUUUGAGGGAUGCGAGAGUUACACCCUGUACGGCUACUUGGCGGGUUUGAAUGGUAUAUCAUGACCGCACUUUUCAAGUGCACUCUCCCGUUGUGCCCGCUGCCUUCGUCGCGUUCAUCAGAGAUGAAGCUCAUUUACGGAAAAGAAGACAUGUUGGCUCACGCCCCGUUGCUCCUCUGCAUCUGAUCUAAGGGGUUCAUUUCCCCAAUCGACCUGGAU